AUGGUCGGCCGUACAAUCAUAUCCAACAUUCCCUCGAAAGCUGGUCGGGUUGGGACAAAAGCGUACACCUCGAGUGCCCUCCAACAAGCAUCCAGGAUGCCUCCUACCUGGCUUCAAUCUGUUCUGAGCACCACCACCAGACAAAACGCACCCAAAUUGUAUGCUUGGAACCUAUCUAACUUGGAAAAUCGAAGUCCACACUCGAGUUCGCCGGCUAGCCACCCCGGGGAACUCACCUCUCAUAACCAUCAGGACAACUUAUACCGACGCGUCUACAUACUUGGAGUCGGAAACCUUGGCAUCCUUUUUGCUAGCUCGCUUGCCUCUUUGCCAGACCCUCCGCCAAUAACUCUUGUUUUACAUCGGAAGGACCUCCUGCUAUCAUGGAAGGAACAGCCGGGCAUCGAAAUCACCCGACGAGGCUCCGUCCACAAAUAUUUGGACUUUGAUGUUGAGUUGUGGUCCGAAGAGCCACCAUCCACUGGCCUGAAUAGGGAGGUUGCCGAGGGCCAGGGAAUACGUAAUCUAAUCAUAGCGACGAAGGCGUCUCAAGCCCUGCCUGAGGUCGAUCGAGUGCGUCGCUACCUCAAUGACAACUCCACGGUAGCCUUCGCUCAGAACGGCAUGUGCAAACUUUGGCCGCCGUACGGGAAGACGUAUACGAAGUCUCGGUACUUGGGAGCAUCAUAUCCCAACUGGCUGGCGUGUGUCACGACUCACGGCGUGACCUCUCUAGGUCGAUUUAGGAGUGUCCAUGCGUCGGAGGCAGACAUCAAAAUCGGCCCUGUACUCCUCAACGAGUUUCCUGGGGAAGCUUCUUAUCUAUCAGAAUUGCUUUCCCGGGCUCCGAAUCUUCACGGACAGAACGUUACACGAGAUGAACUCUGGAUCCUGCAAUUGGAGAAGCUGGUGGUCAACUCGAUUAUCAAUCCGCUGACCGCCAUUCUUCGGUGCAAAAACGGCGAACUAUUUCUCGAAAAGAAAGGUGUCCUGGCGGAACUCAUUAAUGUCUUGUUGCUAGAAGCCAGUAACGUUCUUCAAGCUCUGAUCAAGGACGAAAGCACCGACACAAUUCUACAACCAGUACUUGGAGAAGCCAUAUCAAUUAAGAAGCCAGAGUUGGACCGCAAGCACACACACCAACGCCGUGAUCUUUUGACUCGCUUCUCUCAACCCCAGCUUAAGGAGAUGCUGUACAGCGUUGGGAGCAAGGUCCGAGAAAACACGAGUUCAAUGCUUCAAGAUGUACGAGCCGGCAAACAGACCGAGAUCAACGAGUUCAACGGCUGGUUGAUAGAAACGGCGGGUUACCUCAACGGCGACUUGGAUAUCACCCAUCACCGCAUCCUCGUCAGCCUUGUGCACGACGGUAGUGUGUUGGACAAGGAAUCGCUCAUCAAACAUUUUCCUUGUCUGAAAGGGUCCAAAAUUGAGGCUGUCUGA